AUGACGACAACAUCCUCCCCAACUAAGCUGACUCAGCUUUCCAGCCAAACACCAUGCCACAACGAUGCAGCUGAUAUAGAACAGUGGCUAAAGAGGCUGUUCGAGAACUUUUGGAAGAAAAUCCAAAGCCACAAGCAAACAGCACAGCGCAGACAGCUGGACCCUCUGGAAACGGGUGAGGGGAAACUUGGGCAGCGGGAA